AUGGAUCAAGAAAACAUCCCAUCGAAAGCAAAAAGGGGAUUUAGCAACAGGGAUAUGGCUGUGAUACAAAAGACAGAUGAAGAACAGAAACAGCUUUACGCCUUUAUCAACAAACACAGUCAGUUCUCAGAAGAAGAGAAGUACGCUUUACAGAUUGACAGCGUUCCCGCGUUUAUAAAACAAUGGAAUCUGGCCAUCGAUUCAAGAGGCAAAUUCGAAGCGAGCCAUGAGCAUGGAGUUGGGCUUGCAGCUCGAAGAACUCAGCAGUUUGCAGAAUCUGCCUACGAUGUCUUACAGCACAUGAACCCUAUCGUGCAGCUCGUACAAGACUUUGGCGCGCCGUAUGGUGGAAUGGCCAUUGGAGUAAUCUCUUUUUUGUUUACCGUUAUCAGAAACCGAGCCAAAUUAGAGGCUAGCAUAUAUGAUACACUACUUCAAAUCAGAGACAGAACCGCUGGACUAGAAGUAUUUCGGCAUAUUUAUGACGACGAUCAUGAACUUGAUCAGCAACUACAGUCCAAAAUUGUCCAGGCUUAUAAAAGCUUUAUGAGUUUUUGCAUAGAAGCUACAAGAUUUUACUCUAGUGGAAGCAUGAGGCGAUGGCUUAGAAUUACCUGGAGCUUUUCACAUUCUUUGGAAGAUCGAGCAUCUGAGGUCCAAAGGUCUCUCGUGGAUGUGAGAUAUACCAGCGAAGAGCUAUUAAGCAAAAAUGUCGAUAGAAUCAAACAAAUUAAUCUUGACCAGAUGGAAGAAAUUAAACAACUGCAGAUAGGGCGUGAUAACGAUCGUCUGCUGGCGAUCCAGAAGCUACUACAUCUGGAAAUAUACUCUCAGGAGUAUGAAUGGGAACUGCUACAGAGGUAUCACCGUAAUACCGAUGCAUAUUUCGAUCAGCAAUGUUCUUUAUUAGAGGUUAUGAAAGGGUCUCGACUUGAAGCCUUCAGAAAUAACCCGAAAAUACGCCAAUGGCGAUAUUCUGAACAUUCAUGCACACUGAUUUUGGCAGGAUAUAACCACGACAUCUACUCCGGGAUGUGCUGGCUCUCUCCCUUUGCAUUGGAUACAAUCAAAAGUCUGAGAGGAUCGCAGGAUAAUAACGUAUACGCUUUCUACAUUCUUGGGCAACGCGAUCAUGAUUCAUUCUCUCAGGUCCUCUGGUGCAUUUUAUUUCAGCUACUAAGACAAACCAAUGAAGCUUUACAGGAUGAUACUCAGUAUGCAGAAUUACACACGGAAAUCCAAAAGUACCAGAAUGCGACUGAAACCGGAGGAUUAAAACAUACUUUGCAUGAUUACAGCGACGUAACUGAUACACUUCUCCGAAAGGCAGCUGUCAGGAUUCUGAAGAUGAUUAACCAGAAUAAAACGGUAUGGAUUAUCCUAGACCGUGUAGAUCAAUGCAAGUCAAGCACAAAAACAAAGCAUCAAAAGAGGUUAAUAAAAGCAUUGGUCUAUCUGCUUGAAAAUACUACUAUUCGGAUAAGGAUUCUUGCUAUUGUUAAUGGGUAUGACUGGAAAGUGGAAGAGCAGCACGACGAGUUCGGAGCAAGUAACCAGUCUAGUGUUAUUGUUGAUACAUACAAACAACGCUUAAUUAGUUAA